AUGGCACCGAAAGCGGAAGCUGCCGGGACGGCUGUCGUGUGGUUCCGCAAAGGGCUUCGCUUGCAUGACAAUCCUGCGCUUUUGGAGGCAGCCAAGUCAGGAGCGAAACACCUUUGCCCGGUGUUUGUGCUGGACCCUUUCUUUGGCCCCAAGUUCGUUGGGCCAAAUCGCUACAAUUUCCUCUUAGAUUGCCUGCGAGAUCUGGAUCAGCAGCUUCGGAAGCGCUACCGUAGCCGCUUGAUCGUCUUGCGCGGCAGACCGCAGGAGGUGCUUGGCAAGCUUUUCCAAAGUGGAAAGCCGCUUCUGGCCGCCAAGCCGCGACUCAUCGUGUGGGAGAAGGACACGGAGCCCUAUGCAAGGAAGCGUGACGCAGCCAUAGAGAAGCUGGCCAAGAAGGGCGGCGUUGAGGUGCACACCUUCUCGGGACACACGCUGUACGAUGUUGACGAAGCGUUGGCGAAGAACAAAGGGUCUUCUCCAACGACGAACAACGGAAUGCAGUCCUUGGCCAAGGCACUGGGAGAGCCUGCCGCCCCACGCCCUGCGCCAGGAAAAUUGCCGCCAUUACCACCAGCCGCGUCAGGAAAGGCGUACGAUGUGCCCGACCUGAAGAAGAUGGGCUACAAAUCGAGCCCGCAGACUUACCUUAAAGGGGGCGAGACUGCCGGUGCGGCGCGAAUGACGGCCAUGCUCAAGAAAACAAAGUUCAUCCGGACCUUCCGGAAGCCUCAGACAAGAUCCUCUGCAUUUGACCCGCCGGACACCACAGUCCUCUCGCCUUACUUGAAAUUUGGAUGCGUGAGCAUCCGCGAGUUCUACUACGGCCUGAAGAAGGUCUGUUCGGGAUCGAACCAUUCGAAGCCACCCGAGUCCCUGCUGGGCCAGAUCCUGUUUCGGGAAAUGGCCUACCUAAUGGGAGCCUCCAUCCCCAACUUUGAUCGGCAGGCCGGAAAUCCGUGCUGUAAGCCGAUCCCAUGGGCAAAUAACAAGAAGCUCCUCGCGGCAUGGGAGACCGGAAGGACUGGGUACCCCUUCAUAGAUGCAUCGAUGCGGCAGCUGACGAGGGUCGGGUGGAUGCAUCACCUUGCGCGGCACGCCGUGGCGUGCUUCCUCACUCGUGGGGACCUCUGGCUCUCCUGGGAAGAAGGUCGGGAUGUCUUCGACAGGUUGCUCGUCGACGCUGAUUGGUCCCUGAACAACAUGAACUGGCUGGGCCUCUCUGGUGCUGCUCCCUGGUCCCCACCGUUCUUCCGAGUCUACCACCCCGUACCGAAGAUGGAUUCUUCCCUGAACGUCAAGGACCCUGAGGGCAAGUUCAUCCGCGAGUUCGUUCCGGAACUUCGGAAAAUGCCGAGUAAGUACAUCUAUGCACCUUGGACAGCUCCGAAGGAGGUGCAGCAAGCAGCCGGGUGCAUCGUGGGGAAGGAUUAUCCGAAACCGAUCGUGGAUCACGAGACGGUGUGCAAGGCCAACCUGGAACGUUUCAAGAAGGCCUUGGCAGCGGCCAGGAGUGCCGGCGGUCAGAAACGAAAGGCUUCAGGGUCCGCAUCUUCAGGAAAGAAGCGCAAGUUUGGGUGA